AUAUUUUACUAAACAUACCUUGUGGCCUAGUAGAGAUCUUUAAUAUUUAUUUUUAUAUCGUGGAGUAACUUUAAAAACUUGAAUACUAAGUAUAAUGUAGUUAUUUACUCCCUAAAGUAUGCUUUAUGUUCAGAACAUGUCUAUAAUCUUACUUAGAUAAAUCUUAUUUAGCUCCAAAGAAGUAAUAAGUUAAUUGAGACAUUAAAAAAAAAAAGUAGGAAUAAGAGACAAAUGUGAGAGGAAACUAUGAAUUUUGAGGUAUUGGGUAGAAAAAGAUCAAGAUAUUGGGAGCCAGAACCUCUAGACAUGAAAGCUUUGUCUGAAAAUAUCUACAAGUACUAUGACCUUUGAUGACCAUACGCUUUGCUUGCAUCAAUAAGAAGUUCAAAAUUACUGCUAAACAAAUAAUAUUUAACUCCUGUUCAUGAUAAUCAAACUGGUCCCUUAAACAAAAAAUUAUUAACUUUUAUGUAUUUGGUGAAAGCAAACAUGACCUUGAAUUAUUCAAACAUCAUUUCACUCAGUCAAAAUAUUCCCUAUAUUUUGAAGCAAUGCCAUGAGAGAGCAGAAAUAGACUACUUCAUUUAGAACCUCCUGCAAAACUAAGGUAAAUAUUUCUGUGUUACUUCUGGUUCCUUCUCCUGGUGCUACUACCUAUUGCCUGAGGGCUUAAAAAUAAUUCAGAAAGUAGGACUGUUUCUAGCCAAGUCUUCAUUCUGCAACUACAUGGAAGAAACUUUCUUUGAUUUUUACCAUCAGCAAUUGGGUUUUACUCCAUCUACAGCAGUUCAGAAAUGAGUACCUCAAAGGAUCGGUUGGAAUCAACUCGAUGACACACAGCAACACAACAAGAAUCCUCUCAGGACAGCCUUGCAUGCAUGUCCAAAGGAUGUCUAGAGACCUUCCCUUUUAAAAUAAUUCUGGAAUAGGGUAGGAUGAAGAUUUGAAUUUUGUAAUGAAAAAGAGCAAUCAAGCCAACACGCAAUUUCUCAUGAACCCACAGCCAGUAGGUCCUCUUCACAAAUCUCUGCCCUCUGUACAAAAUGGGUUGCUUCUAUAGCUGAUGGUUGCUGCCUGGCUUCUAACCUCAACUCUAAUGGCAUUUCUUGAGCACAAAGUAUCAGCCACAGCCACUAAUGAUUCCUUUUUCUAUUCUCAGAAGACUGUGAGUGAGGAUCUGUGGAUUCCUACCUUUACUAUUGUAUAAUCAGAGAUAAGACAUUUCCCUCUCAUUUUUUCAUCUUUAGGUUUGACUCUGUGAGUCUCUCAUGGUGGUGUCUAGCACUUUGUAUUGUUCAGUAGUAUAACUGAACUAAUUUACAUAUAUUACACCCUAGAGUAAAUAAUUUUUGUUUUCAUGUACGUACUUCUUAUGGACUUUACCUUUUUACCUGCAAUGUCUGGUUUCCCUAUAUACAAUGAAGUGUAAGGCAGUGCCCCAAAUAGUCAUUUCAAACUGGCACUGCAAAUAGAGGUUAAAAAAAAUUAUCUGGCAUUAUCAAACACCUAUCCGUGAACUGUGUUGUAUUAAUUCGCGAUUUCUUAAAACGGAUUUUUUAAAAAUUAUUUCAGAAAUUUUGCUAAAAAGAGAAAAUUUGAAAAAUCAGUUUAUUUGGCUUCAAUGUGGUGCAGUAACUCGCUAAGGACUCUGAGCGCCGCUAUUCACCAACCAGGUGAAUAAUUGUGCGAGAGAUCUGCCAGAACCACCGAGCUUUUACAGCACAAAAAAACGACACGUUGGGACAAAUCUCUCCCUAGCUGCGUCAACCUCAGGCCUCCAUCCUGCCAGGUUCAGGGCUUCCCUUCCGCAUACUGAGGGUUUACUCGGCCUCCCCAGCACCCAGAAGCACACCCCGGACACCCCAAGCAAGAUCAGCAGGACAACAUGGCGGCUCGGCAGAAGGGCGCGGACUACAGAGGAUUCGUCCUGCUCUCCAUUCUCCUGGGGACCUUGUGGGAAGCCUGGGCAGGACAGAUUCGCUAUUCCGUGCCUGAGGAGACAGACAAAGGGUCUUUUGUGGGGAACAUCGCCAAGGACCUGGGGCUGGAGCCCCGGGAGCUGGCGGAGCGCGGAGUCCGCGUCGUCUCCAGAGGUAGGACGCAGCUUUUCGCUCUGAACCCGCGAAGCGGCAGCCUGGUCACCGCAGGCAGGAUAGACCGGGAGGAGCUCUGCGCUCACAGCGCGCGGUGUCUGGUGAGUUUUAACAUCCUAAUGGAAGAUAAAAUGAAUCUUUAUCCUAUUGAAGUGGAGAUAAUGGAUGUUAAUGACAACGCUCCUAGAUUCCUGACGGAAGAAAUGAACGUAAAAAUAAUGGAGAAUACAGCUCCUGGGGUGCGCUUUCCGUUAAACGAGGCUAGAGAUCCAGAUGUGGGCACUAACUCCCUCCAGAGCUACCAGCUCAGUCCCAAUCACCACUUCUCCCUGGAUGUGCAAACUGGCGAUGAUGGAACCAAGUAUCCGGAACUGGUACUGGAGCGGGCUUUGGACCGGGAGGAAGAGGCGAUUCACCAUCUUCUCCUCACGGCCUCUGACGGAGGCAACCCACUCAGAUCCGGCAUCGCGCGUAUCCAAGUGACAGUGAUGGAUGUGAAUGACCACGCACCAGUGUUCUCUCUGCCCCAGUACCGAGUGACUACCCCCGAGAACGUACCUGUGGGCACAACACUGCUCACGGUAAAUGCUGUAGACCUGGAUGAUGGAUUCAAUGGGGAAGUGACAUAUUCUUUUCAGAAAAUAACUCAAAAAAUUCUACAAAUAUUCCAACUGAACUCCCUUACAGGAGAAUUAUCAACUUUAAAAGGCCUAGAUUACGAAGACUCUAGCUUCUAUGAAAUGGAAGUUCAGGCUCAGGAUGGUCCUGGUAGUCUGACAAGGACAAAAGUAUUGAUCACAAUUUUAGAUGUGAAUGACAAUGCUCCGGAAGUGACUGUAACGUCUCUAACCAGUUCAGUCCCUGAAGACACACCUCCUGGGACAGUAAUUGCUCUUUUCUACCUACAAGACCGAGAUUCUGGGAAGAACGGUGAGGUGACCUGCGCCAUUCCAGAAAAUCUGCCUUUUAAAUUAGAAAGAUCAAUAGACAAUUAUUAUAGAUUGGUGACAAUGAAAAACUUGGACCGGGAAAGACUUUCUGUCUAUAACAUCACAGUGAAAGCCACAGAUGGUGGCACCCCUCCCCUGUCUUCGGAAACUCACAUCUCUAUACACGUGGCAGACACCAAUGACAACCCGCCCACCUUCUCCCACACAUCCUACUCAGUCUUUGUCCCUGAGAACAACCCCAAAGGAGCCUCCAUCUUCUCGGUGACUGCCCAUGACCCUGAUAGCGAGGAGAAUGCCCAGGUUAUUUACUCCCUGGCUGAAGAUACCAUACAGGGGGCUCCCGUGUCCUCCUAUGCCUCUAUCAACUCUGACACUGGCGUCCUGUAUGCACUGCGCUCCUUUGACUAUGAGCAGUUUCAAAACCUGCAACUUAUGGUGACUGCCUGUGACAGCGGUGACCCGCCACUCAGCAGCAACGUUUCGCUGAGCCUGUUCAUUCUGGACAAGAACGACAAUGCACCAGAGAUCCUGUACCCCACCUUCCCCACUGAUGGUUCCACGGGCAUGGAGCUGACUCCCCGCUCUGCAGAGCCCGGCUACCUCGUGACCAAGGUAGUGGCGGUGGAUCGCGACUCAGGACAGAACGCCUGGCUGACCUACCGCCUGCUCAAGGCUAGUGAGCCAGGACUGUUCGCGGUGGGGGUGCACACGGGCGAGGUGCGCACAGCGCGGGCCCUACAAGACAGAGAUGCGCUCAAGCAGAGCCUCGUGGUGGCCGUCCAGGACCACGGACAGCCCCCUCUCUCCUCUACCGUCACGCUCACCGUGGCGGUGGCCGACAGCAUUCCCGAAGUCUUGGCCGACCUGAGCAGUUUAGAAUCUCCCACUGACCCAGACGACUCUGGCCUCACACUGUACCUGGUGGUGGCGGUGGCCGCGGUCUCCUGUGUUUUCCUCGCUUUUGUCAUUGUGCUGCUGGCCCUCAGGCUGAGGCGCUGGCACGUGUCCCGCCUGCUGCAGGCUUCCGGGGUCGGGUUGGCCGAUGUGACCGCCUCGCACUUUGUGGGCUUGGAUGGGGUGCAGGCUUUUCUGCAGACCUAUUCCCACGAGGUCUCCCUCACCGCGGACUCGCGGAAGAGUCACCUGAUCUUCCCCCAGCCCAACUACGCUGAUACGCUCCUCAGCCAGGAGAGCUGUGAGAAAAACGAGCCUUUGUUAACAACCACGGAUUUUCAUAAGUGUAAAGAUGAAACACCAGAUACUCAGGAUGAAAAUCUGGAAGUCAAAAUUAACGAAAUCACUGCGCCUGGAACGCGUUAUCCACUCCCAGAAGCCUUAGAUGCGGACGUGGGCGUCAACUCCCUCCAGAGCUACCAGCUCAGCCCUGAUCCCCACUUCUCCCUGGACUUGCAAACUGGAGACGAUGGAACUAUAAACCCAGAGCUGGUGCUGGAGCGCUCUCUGGACCGCGAGGAAGAGGCUGCUCACCACCUGGUCCUCACCGCCUCCGAUGGCGGCGACCCUCGUCGCUCCAGCACGGUGCGCAUCCUUGUGACAGUGCUGGAUACAAACGACAAUGCCCCAGUUUUUGCUCAACCAGUUUACCGAGUGAAAGUCCCAGAAAACGUGCCCCCUGGCACUCACCUGCUCACUGUAAUAGCUACCGACCCGGACGAGGGAGCCAAUGGAAAAGUGACAUACAAAUUCCGGAAAAUCAAUGAAAAACAAUCUCCUUUAUUCCAACUUAAUGAAAAUACUGGGGAAAUAACAACAGCAAAUAGCCUAGACUAUGAAGAUUGUUUAUCUUAUGAAAUGGAAAUACAAGCUGAAGAUGUAGGGGCACUUUUGGGGAGGACCAGAGUGCUCAUUUCGGUGGAAGAUGUAAACGACAAUAGACCUGAAGUGAUCAUUACAUCUUUGUUUAGCCCAGUCUUGGAAAAUUCUCUUCCUGGGACAGUAAUUGCCUUCUUGAAUGUGCAUGACCGGGACUCGGGAAAGAAUGGUCAAGUUGUCUGUUACACACCUGAUAAUUUGCCUUUUAAAUUAGAAAAGUCAAUAGAUAAUUAUUAUAGAUUGCUGACAUGGAAAUAUUUGGAUCGAGAAGAAGUCUCUAUGUACAAUAUUUCGGUGAUGGCCUCAGACCUAGGAGCUCCACCUUUGUCCACUGAAAUUCACAUCGCCUUGCACGUGGCAGAUACCAACGACAAUCCCCCGGCUUUCCCUCACGCCUCCUAUUCAGCCUAUAUCCCAGAAAACAAUCCCAGAGGCGCCUCCAUCUUCUCGGUAACUGCACAAGACCCAGACAGUGAGGAGAACGCCCGGGUCACUUACUCCUUGACUGAAGGCACCCUCCAGGGAGCGCCGCUCUCCUCCUACAUCUCCAUCAACUCAGAUACUGGUGUCCUCUACGCACUCCAAUCCUUUGACUAUGAGCAGAUACGAGACUUGCAGCUACAGGUGACUGCCAGCGACAGUGGGGACCCACCACUCAGCAGCAACGUGUCGCUGAGCCUGUUCGUGCUGGACCAGAACGACAAUGCCCCCAAGAUCCUGUACCCUGCUUUUCCCACUGAUGGCUCUACUGGAGUAGAGCUGGCUCCCCGCUCUGCGGAGCCCGGCUACCUAGUGACCAAAGUGGUGGCGGUGGACCGAGACUCAGGACAGAACGCUUGGCUGUCCUACCGCCUGCUCAAGGCCAGCGAGCCAGGGCUUUUCGCGGUGGGGGUGCACACAGGUGAGGUGCGCACAGCGCGGGCCCUGCAAGACAGAGAUGCGCUCAAGCAGAGCCUCGUGGUGGCCGUCCAGGACCACGGACAGCCACCCCUCUCCGCCACCGUCACGCUCACCGUGGCGGUGGCCAACAGCAUCCCUGACAUCCUGGCUGAUCUGAGCACCCUCGAAUCUCCCGCCAACCCAGACGACUCUGGCCUCACGCUGUACCUGGUAGUGGCUGUGGCUGCAGUCUCCUGCGUCUUCCUCGCCUUUGUCAUAGUGCUGUUUGCGCUCAAGCUGCGACGCUGGCACAGGUCUCGCCUGUUCCAGGCUGCCGGAGGCAGGUUGGCAGGUGUGCCCGCAUCUCACUUUGUGGGCAUCGAUGGGGUACAGGCUUUCCUGCAGACCUAUUCCCACGAGGUUUCCCUCACUGCAGACUCCGGGAAGAGCCAUGUUAUCUUUCCUCAGCCCAAUUAUGCGGACACGCUCAUCAGCCAAGAGAGCUGUGAGAAAAACGAUCCCUUCUUAACAUCCAUAGAUUUUCAUGAAUGUAAGGAUGAAGGCGCAUGUGUUCAGCAAGCCCCGCCCAACACGGACUGGCGUUUCUCUCAGGCCCAGAGACCCGGCACCAGCGGCUCCCAAAAUGGCGAUGAAACCGGCACCUGGCCCAACAACCAGUUUGACACAGAAAUGCUUCAAGCCAUGAUCUUGGCCUCUGCCAGUGAAGCUGCUGAUGGGAGCUCCACCCUGGGAGGGGGCGCCGGCACCAUGGGCUUGAGUGCCCGAUAUGGGCCCCAGUUCACUCUGCAGCAUGUGCCUGACUACCGCCAGAAUGUCUACAUCCCUGGCAGCAAUGCCACACUGACCAACGCAGCUGGCAAGCGGGAUGGCAAGGCCCCAGCAGGUGGCAACGGCAACAAGAAGAAGUCAGGCAAAAAGGAGAAGAAGUAAUGUGGAGGCCAGGCCUGGAGCCACGGGACAGCCUCCCUCCCCAACCAGUCCAGCCUCUCCCUACCUGUACCCAGGCCUCAGAAUUUCAGGGCUACCCCCACAAUGCUGGUAGGGGCCAAGGUCAUGCUCCCCUUGGGAAACAAAAAUAAGUGCCCAGUCAACAGCCCCCUCUCUGCCCCCAGAAGGUUGAAUAUGCAAAGGGAGUUCUACAGAGAACCCCCAUCCAAUCAGUCGCUGUGCCCAUGGGGGUGGUGGGGUUAGUGUAGAAACCUAGAACCAUUUAUCACACCCCCUUUAGUUACAGCUGAAGUCCUCCAUCUUCCAAAUUCAAUCAGGCCAUCCAUCCCCUGCUUCCUUCCUCCCUACCCAACUCCACCCCACUUCUGCAACAGCUCCUCUUGAGUAAGAUGGUUAGGGUAUUGAGGUACCAGGUAACCUAAAAAGGCUCGUAGUUCUGAAGAGUUGGAAGGGCAUCUUGACCUCUUGGCCUCACCUUCAACUCUCAGACUUCCCCCAAAACAUGGUUUGGUGCCAGUCCCUUCACCUCCUUCUAGAGCCUGAGACCAAGCUCAAGUUUUGGGGGACAUGGUCACCAUCCCCAUGGUACUGAUGCGUGCUGGAUUUAAGGAGGGCAUUUUGCUAACAAGCCUCUUCCCAACACCCUGGGGACCAGUCUUUUGUUUUUCAUUGUUUGGUGUUCCCACUGCAUGCUGUGACUUCCCCACCCCCUCCCCAAACAAGAGACUCCAUUGCAUGUUCCAAGACAGUAUGGGGUGGUAAGAUGAAGAAGGAAAAAGUGUGUGUGUGGAAGGGGGAGAGGGGGAGGAAUGGACAGAGCCUGGACUCAUCAGUUAACAGGGUCCUACAGGAUACUAUAUAUCCCUAGGGCACUGACCAGGUCCCCAAAUUCCACCAGAAACAAGCACUGAGCUGGAACCCCACUCCCACAAAUAGGGCUCAUCCCAGGCAGCAAACUUUGGGUUGAGCUACCGGGACCAAAAGAUUUAAACUGGCAUUACAGUCCAAGGAAGCUCUGAGUGAGUGCGGGACCAGGUCUCCUGGAGAGGUCAUAGGGGCCUCUGUAGGUGCUGGGUACUCCAGAGAUGCCCUUCGUGGAAGGGUACAGUGGUGCCCAGCAGGGAGGAGGGCCAGUUAGACCAUGCUUGGUCCCUGGGUUGGGGAGAAAAGGAGCAAGUGGACAGAAAGUCUCAGCCCACAAUCGGGACUUCUCUACAGUGCCCCUGCACCCCUCAAGGUCCUUCACCUUGCCAGGUGCCAUUUCUUCUCUGUGAAGGCCACUGUCCAGGCCCCCAGUCCACCCCCAAGUGGUGAGAGCCUGGUUAAAGUCCCCCAGUGCCUCCUUGUGUAUAGACCUUCCUCUGCCCACUGCCUUGUGGGUCCCGUUCAUCCAGCGGGGCUGCUAGAGAACCCCACCCCAGCCCUUACAGUAGUGUAGAGCCCCCUUCCUCUUCAGGCUGGUGUAGAAUAGCCAGUAGUGUAGUGCCGUGUGCUUCUUACGUGAUGGCGAGUGGGCCUCGGGCGGCGGGCUCUGAGCAGCCGUCUGUCCUUGAACCUGCCUGCAGCAGCCUGUGCUGUGUUUUGUGCUGUGUCCACGCGCUGCGGCGACCCCCUCCCCUGUACUGACUCCUUCUAUAAGCGCUUCUUUUCGCAUAGUCACGUAGCUCCCCACCCCACCUCCUUCCUGUCUCGCGCAAGUUUUAUACUCUAAUAUUUAUAUGGCUUUUUUUCCUUUAAAAAAAAUAAAUAAAAUGGUUUCUUCUGAAAGGUUGACCGUUUCUGUGUAAAUAUGGAGGUUCCUGGCAUAUACGGAUGAAAUGAUGAGCUGGAAGGUGUGUGAUGGAAGGCCGGGGACCGAGGUGAUGAUCGUGUUUGCGACUUGGUUUUGUGUCACUACGUGUCUAGAUCUAUGUUUCUGAGUUGUAGGUGUGUUGCUGUAUGUGCCUGUGAGUUGUCUGUAUGACUGUCAGAUGUGGCUGUGUAAGCUUGCAAUAUCGUUGUGCAUAUGUAAGUGUGCAGUUGAAUCUGUAUACGAUUGUGUGGAAUCGGCUUGCGAGUUCUUUGUGGGGGUGGGGAUUUUUGAGUAAGGUGUGUCACUGUGUAAUUGAGUGUGCGUACAGUUGCACGCUUACGGCUAUCUCUGUGGUUUUGGUUCUAAGCGGCCAGUCUCCAGGCAGAAGAGGCGAUCCUGGCGCGGGCGGGAGCGGGCUGGCGCGGAGAAACAACACUGGUGCGGAGGGUUUCCCUAGUUCCCGCCGCUUCCCUGCUAAAAUUAUCUGCCUGAAGCGUCCUUGAGGGCUUCGUGGGAGGAGGGUGAACUCUGUCCUUUGCCCGUCCCGCUCUCACCCCCGCUGCCCAGGAGUUUUGGGAAUACCACGGGUUCCUCCGGUACCUUGGCCUGUUUCCCCACCUGAAAUUCGCCUUCUCACUCACUGCACUGCAGCAAAGCCAAGGGAGUUGGAGGUCCAUCCCUUUCUUGCAGAGGUAAAGGAGACUGAACGGGCGUGCAGGAAAUCAGAUUGCCCACCCAGCACCCUCUCCGCUCCCUCUCUUUGGUGCUUUUCCUUUCACCCUUGGGCACUUCCAUCUCCCCGCCCCCUCCACCUGCCUGGGGGAGGCACAGUGGAAUUCCGACGUUACAGCAGCCCAGGAAAAGCUGCGGAUAACACUGAGGGGGAAGGAAGAUGGGAGUGGAAAGGGAAGAAAUACGUGGGUCACCAGGGAGUCUACGAUACCCAAUCGCUGGGCGAGAUGUGGCUGUCUCUGGGCUUCCUCUGCGGUGGAGUCUCAAAUCGGUCACCAGUCCUCCCUGCUCCCAAAGUCUGUUGCCAUGGAAACCAAGCCUUCCAACUAUACAUCUAGGGGGCGAGUUUCUUGCGUGGGAGGGUGUGCGCAUGGUUGCCGAGAUCUAAGCUGGGGUUUGUUUCUGUGUCGGGCUGUGGAGGGGCGGAGUGCCAGGGUGCCUGGGUUCUAUUCCUGGCAAGGCAGUAGACUGGCAGAGCGCAUAAACAGCUGCUGUUGGUCCCCUAAUUGGUAUGUGUGCCCAUAAAGCUCUGAGCCGGAAACGCGUGGCCUUGGAGCGGGGGCGGGGUAGGCAGGCAGCCCACUCCCACACCGGCCAUACUGGGGAGGCAGCUGCCCAGGCUCCAGGCAGGGCUAUUUAAAAGGCUUUUAUUUCUAGCUCCAGUGCCUGCCCAAAUGGGUUUGUGGUCUUCUCCAGGCCCCUCCAUGUCUAUCUUGGGCCUGCUCAUUGCUUUUAAGGUUUCUUUGUGCAGGUCACAACGUGCUCAGACAAGUAUGCCUGAGCAGCAGAAGUCAUCUGGAGCAUGACCUCAGUCUACUGACCUCUGCUGGGCAGGCUCAGGUUUCUGCCCCAGUGUAAGCCCCUCUAGUCAGGAAUGUGGUGUGUGGCCACUAAAUGAGUGGUGAGGAUGGCAGAAUGGGAGCCAGAUGCUUCCCUCUGCCAAAGAGGAACCAAUACUGCCAGCAAACUGUGACAUCUGGGGAAUGGGGAGGUGAGUUCAAGAAAAGGGCUCCAAACCAAGAGAGAGCAAUGUGGAUGCGCAAGGGAACUGACCUGGGCUUUGACUCUUUUAUGGAGGUCAAAUGCCCUAAGGUGAGCUCUGAUGGGACAGAAGCCACCAUGUAUUAAUCAUCUCUGUAGCCCUGUGCCCAAGCAAAGUGUCUGGCACAUUACGGGCACCUUAAGUUUUUUGACAAUGAUUUGUCAGGUCAACCAAGAGUGUGGGAAAGAGUAAAGGAACAUGGGCUAGACUGAAACUAGUUCAGAAAUUGACAAAGAAGGCUGUAAGGCUGUACUGUUUCAAUGCUUUAUUAACAGUUGGAAACAAACCCAACAAACUGGAGGUGAUGACAUCCCAGAAGCCCAAGAGGCACAGGAAAUAGGUGUGCAUUUUGUCCUUUUUAAAAAAUUUAUUUUUUAUUUUUAAUCAAUGAAUCUUAGCAAAAGUAGAUUAAAAAAGAAAGGGUCAAAGCCCCAGAUGUCAGCGAGAAGGGAGAAGGAGGGGACCAACAGGCCCCCUGUACCACAGUCUUCCCGGGAAUAGCUCCAAGGAGCUGCUGUAGCCCAUUCAUACACAGACUCAAGCAUGCUGGAUUGGCCUAGCAACCAGAACCCUUUUUCCUGGCCCCCAAGGCCUCCCUGUAGUCACCCGUAAGGCUCCUGGGCUUCCCUUUGCUCUAACAAUUACAGUUCUGGGCCAAGCCCUAACACUGCCAUUCUCUCUCACCUAUCUGGGGGUGGGAAGCUGAAAGGGGCACAAGGAGAGCAAAAGUAUCACCCUGAGCCAGAAAAGCUCAGCUUCCUGUGGCUGGGGGCACCGAAUAGUUCGGCCUGGCCACUGUUCAGAGGGAGUGGGAGUACAAUGUGUGGAGGCACUCCCUGUGCCCACUUCCCCAGAGUGUCCAGUUAGCAUUUGCACAUUUGGCUUGAUAAGCAUAUUAAAUUUAUACAAGCUCUGUGGUCUUAGAGCUCAUGCUACUCCUAGGCCUGGCCUAGUCAACCAGGUCUUCCUACCCCAGAAAUGAUGCUGGGAGAGAGAAUCUACCUUGGCCUUAAGGGUUCAAAAGGCUUGAGGGCUGAGGUGGAGGUCCAGGGCCUUGUUCAGGAUUGAGACCUGUGGGGAGAAACCUCAGGAACUCUCUGGAACCUGCCAUCCAAGCCUCUUACAUUAUAUGGAGGGGAGAAAGGAAGAGAUAUUUUUCUUUAAAAAAAAAAAAAAAAAUCUCAUAUAAAAA